CGCAGUGAUAUCCUGUCGGCUAAGAAGUGUAAUUUAGUUUUGAGUUGGAUUUGUAAGUGUGAUUUAGUGCUGUCUACAUAUUAAAGAAUAACUUGUUCCAUUCACAAUGCCAUUGGAUAUGGUAAAAUUUAAUAAAGUUAAAACAAAAUAUUAUGUAAAUGAAGAUAUUUUAUUGGAGUAUGAGUUUAAUGCAAAGACACAGCCUUCACAUCAUGAUUGGAUUGGCUUAUAUCCCCGUGGAUGGAAACAUUUGCUACAGUGUGUUGCAUUUGAAUGGAUAAUCAGUCGCCCCUGUGAAGUAGCAUUACAAAGGAGCAUUCAGUUUGAAUGCAGAUACCACUCACAAGUUGUUUGUACUGACAGGGAAUACCAGUUUCUGUACAUUAAUAAGAAAAUUGAGGUAUUGGGACGCAGUCAGUACUUCAGGUUUGUGCCAGCAGGCAUGUUGACAAACAUAAAGUAUGUUCAUAGAAGUUCAAGUGAAAAAGCAUUAACCUCCAGCUUUACUCUUCACUCCAACUCUCAUUCUAAGGUGAAGUCAUCAUCAGAACUAAUUCACAACAUACAGGAUCACAUCCAAGAUCUGAAGAAUGACCUAGAAAUGAGUAAGAUAGCUCAGAGGCAAAUGAAGCUAGCAGCCCAUCAUUCUGAAAUGGAGAAGCUGGCUUACCAGAAGUUUGUCAGUGAAUUGUUGAUUGCAUUAUCACAGAAGGGUAUUGCUCGAAUAAUAGAUGACGAAGGAAAGGAGAUGCUAGUGAAGCAAGUUCUCAACAGUGAGACACAGUCAGAUGUCACAGAGGAGCAUCCUCCUCAGGGUGUUUUAAAAAUGUUGUAAAGAGAGUGUUUGCUGAAACCUGUAAUUGGCUGUCAAGAACAAGUAAUACAUUAACUGCAUAUGCUUUGCGACUCCACCUCUAAGAUUAGAACAACAUAGAAGAUCAGUUUGAGGAGCUCUCAAACACUAAGAAGUCUUGAAGCAGGCAGUUCGGUUGCUUAUUUCCAUUGCACCCCAUGAACAAAGUGACAUGAUCAUAGUAGUCGCAGAAAUUGAGAAGGGACUGAAUUAUAACCAAAGAUAAUGCAGAAUGUUUUUCUAUCAGAAAGCCUUAUGAGGCUUCAUGUCACUCUGUAAGUUUUAAUUCUGAAUCAUUAUCUUGUGAUGAAGCAGAACAGAUUUGUUUAGUUGGUAACAAAGAAUAAAAUUUGCUUAAGUUUGCUGAUAAAAAGGCAGAGAAACAAUAUCCUGGUGACUGUGCAGAACCUGUCAGUGAGAAAACCCUCACAGAUGUUAACGAAAGUUUAUCAAAGCCUGAAGCUGUUGAUGUGCUGUCUGCAUUAGUUGUUGAUGAUCAGUUUUGAAGUAAGUGGUGUCUGAUAUUGAACAGAACCAUUAUUAUUUGAAAUGUUUCAGUAUUAACUCAUUAUAUAUAUAUAUAUAUAUAUAUAUAUAUAUAUUGCAAUUUUUAAAUUUUUUUUUCAUUUAGAUACUGAGGGAAUGGACAUUU